AUGACUGAACUAAGAGAUAAUUAUGAAAAAGCUCAACGAAAAUUGGAAACAGCUGAUGCCAAUUUAAAAAGAACUCGACAACAAGAUUUCUAUGAUCAAUAUUCAUCAUCAUACAAUGAUUCACAUUAUUGGCAUGGAAAUAAUUCAAAUUCAUAUGAUUUUUAUGGUUCAACAUCGGUGAAAAUUCCUCAAUUUCAACAUCCAUCUCAUAUACUUUUACAACAAAAUGGUUUUACUCAACAAGUUUAUCCUAAAUGUAGACAAGAAUGUCUUGGCGAAAAACAUUUUCGUCAACAUGUAUUUGAAGAUUUUCAACAAGAAACUCUUUGUGAUCAUGAAGCUGGUCAAUUGUAUGAUUUAGAAAACUUCUGGGCAUUUUUAAAAUAUUCUCGACAAAAACCAAAAAUUAAUUCAAAACUUGAAGAAAUUUUAAAAAACUAUAAAAAUCGUGAAGACUUUCGUGUUGAUGGUGCAUCAUUUCCACGACAAUUUUUUU